AUGACUCCUGCAAGGCAGACUGCCCACAAACCCACUGGUGGUAAAGAACCCAGGAAACAACUGACUACAAAAGCCUCUCGCAAGGGUGCGCCAUCUACUGGAGGGGUGAAGAAACCUCAUCAUUACAGGCCUGGUACUGUGGCACUCCAUGAAAUCAGACACUAUCAGAAAUCCACUGAACUUCUGAUUCGCAAGCACUCCACCCCACCCAGCUUCCUCCAGCAUCUGGUGCAAGAAAUUGCUUGGGACUUCAAAACAGACCUGCGCUUCCAGAGUGCAGCUAUUGGAGCUUUGCAGGAGGCAAGUGGGGCUAUCUGGUUGGCCUUUUUGAAGAUUCCAACCUGUGUGCUACCCAUGCCAAACGUGUAA